GAUAAGCGUGACGUCAGAGGGAACACCGAGAGAACAAAAUGGAGGAAUAUGCCAGAGAACCAUGUCCCUGGAGGAUUGUGGACGACUGUGGGGGAGCGUUCACUAUGGGAGCUAUCGGAGGAGGGAUAUUCCAGGCAGUAAAAGGCUUCAGAAAUUCACCUUCAGGUAUGAGCCACAGAAUGAGAGGUAGCAUGACUGCCAUCAAGACCAGAGCCCCACAGCUUGGAGGCAGCUUUGCAGUAUGGGGAGGCCUCUUUUCCAUGAUAGACUGUGGUUUAGUAAAAGUGCGAGGGAAGGAGGAUCCCUGGAACUCAAUUACAAGUGGGGCCAUGACAGGAGCUAUCCUCGCUGCAAGAAACGGACCAGUGGCCAUGGUUGGCUCUGCAGCCAUGGGAGGCAUUCUGCUGGCUUUGAUAGAGGGCGCUGGUAUCUUGCUUACUAGGUUUGCCUCAUCACAGUUCCCAACCGGACCCCAGUUUGCAGAGGAGCCCGCCCCUGCUGGCAUGCCUGCCCCUUCCUUUGGAGACUACAGGCAAUAUCAGUGAGAGGACCUCCCCACUUCUUAUCCACUAGGCCUUUUUUUUUUGAAUUGCUGAAGUUACAAAGAAGAGACGGACAUACGUAAUACCACACAUCAAACAAUAGCACCCAACUUCAUGGACUGUGUCAAAGAAAUGAAGGACAAAAAUACAUCUUCAUUUUCCUUCAUUCAAGAGCCAUGUACAGAUCUGCCUUUUGCCAUUCUCAGCCUUGUCAUGUGCACCUUUUUCACCUAACAUUGGUCAAAUACAGAUAUGUGGUGAGAUGUGUUGUUUGAUAUUUGUGGGCUCAUGGGGAUGAGGUGCGUUUUUUUUCUAUUUUGUUCAUAUACAGUAUGUAUACAUGUAGCCCUACAUGUGUGAGUUAAAGGCAGACGAGCUCUGGAUAUUGUUGAAUCUAGCAAAAACACAUGUCACACAUGGAAAGUAAUUAAUUAUACUUAUAUAUAAGUAUGAUCCUUAUGUGUAUAUAAAGUAAAAGCUUUCCGCUCAUAUUAACUUACAUUAGUCUUUAUUUUCCGUAAAUGUCACCUGCUUGGGCUGGCCGCUGACAUUUGGCUGGCUUUCUAUUUGAUUUUGUUCACAUAUGAAGGCAAUCAUCUAUCCGAUACAAAGCUAUUCCUGGGAUAUUAGUUUGUUUUAAAGUGAUUUAUUUAUUAUAGAUUGUUAAGAGUUGUACCGGAUUGCUCUAUUUUAUGUGACAUGUGCGCUUAUACAUUCAACACUGAGAUGUGGGGAAAAAAGGCUGCUAAGAAGUAAGGAUGGCAUAGGCAGUGCAAGUGAAUGGAGGAACUCAAGCAAUGGGGUUGAUGCAUACUGUAUUAAAGCUGUAAGACAGAUUGUACUAUAAUACAAUAAUUAAAAAAAAUUGUAAAAUG